UCAAAAACCUUGUAACGGUUAAUAAACCCUAGAGCGCUUGCAAAGCACUUUGAUAAAACCCCAGUUGCAAAACCCUAAUUUCAAAUCCAAUACAAAUUCCCGAUUCUUCUGUUGUAUCUUUGUUCAAUUGUUUUUUCUUCACUAUCAUAACAACACGAACUUAAACAAAACAACAAAUGUCGCAAAAUAGCCUUCAAAACGAUUCGAUUCAAAACCCUAGAGUGACCUGGGAAGGCUGCAGUGUGUUGCUCGACAUCAACGACGGCGAUCGUCUGGUUUUCGCUCGUCUCUCUGCCGCCGCGACUUUGAAAAUUGGGAAUAAAAACUGCUCCUUGCAGCCGUUGAUUGGCUGUCCAUUCGGUUCUUUGUUUCAGGUUGAUAACGGAUCGAGAGGGCCGUAUUUAUCUCGUGUUGUUCCCUCUGCAGAAGGUAAUGAUCUUCAAGAAACACAAGAUUGCCAAUUAAAAGAUGAACCCAAAGAUAAUCGAGCAAUAGUUGAUAAUAAUAAAGCUCAGAGUCUUACUGGUGAAGAUAUAGAUGAAAUGCGGAGACAGGGUGCAACAGGUGAUGAAAUAGUUGAAGCUCUCAUUUCUAACAGUGCUACCUAUGAGAAGAAAACAUCAUUCUCACAAGAAAAAUAUAGGCUUAAGAAACAAAAGAAAUAUUCACCCAGAGUGCUUUUGAGGCGCCCUUUUUGUCGGAGUAUAUGUGAGGCUUACUUCAAGAAAUAUCCAGCUAGAAUCGGGUUCUUGCGAGUGGACACCUUGUCUCUUCUGCUUUCCAUGGCUAAUAUUGCUGCUCAUUCGGAUGUUCUUGUAGUGGAUAUGGUUGGUGGUCUUCUUACUGGUGCUGUGGCAGAACGUUUAGGAGGUACAGGCUAUGUCUGUAAUGCAUAUCUUGGAGAUACUCCGUAUCCUAUGGAUAUAGUGAGAAUAUUCAACUUCAGUAGUGAAAUCUGCAAAAGAAUAGUGCGGUCUCCUGUAGAUGGACUCCGUUCAAUUCAAGAUGGUACUUCUGGGCAAUUUUUUCAACAUAAAGGUGUCUCUAACUCAGAAACUCAGUCAAAUGAACAAAUGUCUUCCCAGGAUUCUUUUCCCCAUUCAAUUAGCACCGAAGAAGCCACUCUUUCAUCUGAAAAUGGGACGCUGGAUCUUAUUCCUCAGAUGGUGAUUGCUUCUCCACCUCAGGUGGCCAAAACAUGCAAAGCCACGAAAGCAGGAGACAAUGCAUCCCUAGAUGCCAUUAACUUGUGGAAAGAAAAUGGUUUUUCUAGCCUAUUAAUUGCUGCUCCAGAGCUGGAUGCGUGGAGCAUAGUUCAAGAAUUCCUGCCAUUUUUAUCAUAUUCAGCCUCCUUUGCAAUUUAUCAUCAAUAUCUUCAGCCUCUUGCAACAUGCAUGCACAAUCUACAGCUUGGGAAAAUGGCAAUCGGCUUACAAAUUUCAGAACCAUGGCUACGUGAAUAUCAGGUUCUUCCAUCAAGAACCCACCCAUGCAUGCAGAUGAGUGCAUUUGGUGGGUACAUUCUAAGUGGGACAAGGAUUUGCAGCAGUGACUCCCAGAUCCAAAAGUAGUAAUGCUUACAUCUUGCUAAUCUAUCACCUUAAAUUAGUUUCAACUUGGCAGGAAGAAGGCCUGCAUCCCAGAUGUACACUAGCUUUUUGUUUCUAUUUUUUAAUUUGCUUUCAUUUAUGAGUAUCAAGUAAUGACAUUUCAUUUUUAAAAUGUAAACCUACAAUUAAUUGCAGCUGAAUAAUUUUAUUAUUAUUAUUAUUAUUUUGGGUAGUGCUUGCAA